AGUUGAACUAACACAUGCAUUUUUCUUCCUACUAACUUCUUUUCUUCUUCUUGUUCUCCACAUCCCACUUCUAUAUAAACUUGGGCAGAUACAAUCCCAGGACAUAACAAAAACAAUCCAAUACAAGCUGAAAUAGAAACAGAAUAUCUAUCUAUCUUCUUGAAAAAGUACGUCUUCAUCACCAAUAAUGGCUCAUCAUCCCAACCCAUCCUUUCUCUUGCUUUUCUUGAUCACUCUGUCAGCGGUGGUGAUCGGCAGCAUUCAAACCGAGGCCAGACACCUUCUGGAGACAACCUCGCCGGAGCUUCCUAAGCCUGAAAUCCCAACAUUACCAAAGCCUGAGGUCCCAGAAAUUCCAAAGCCUAAGCUCCCUGAAAUUCCCAAACCUGAGCUGCCACACUUCCCAAAACCUCAGGUGCCGGAAAUUCCAAAGCCCAAGCUGCCUGAAAUCCCCAAACCUGAACUGCCACACUUCCCAAAACCUCAAAUGCCGGAAAUUCCAAAGCCCAAGAUGCCUGAAAUCUCCAAGCCUCAAGUACCAGAGGUUCCAAAGCCUCAGGUCCCGGAAAUUCCAAAGCCCAAGAUACCUGAAAUCUCCAAACCUCAAGUACUCGAGAUUCCAAAGUCUCAUGUGCCGGAAAUUCCACAGUCCAAGAUGCCUGAAAUCCCCAAACCUCAAGUACCAGAGGUUCCAAAGCCACAGGUGCCGGAAAUUCCAAAGCCCAAGAUGCCUGAAAUCCCCAAACCUAAAGUACCAGAGAUUCCAAAGCCUCAGGUCCCAGAAAUUCCAAAACCCAAGCUGCCUGAAAUCCCCAAACCUGAGCUGCCACAGUUCCCAAAACCUCAAAUACCGGCGAUUCCAAAACCUCAGGUGCCGGAAAUUCCAAAGCCCAAGAUGCCUGAAAUUCCCAAACCUCAAGUACCAGAGGUUCCAAAGCCUCAGGUCCCAGAAAUUCCAAAGCCUAAGCUGCCUGAAAUCUCCAAACCUCAAGUACCAGAUAUUCCAAAGCCUCAGGUGCCUGAAAUUCCAAAGCCUAAGAUGCUUGAAAUCCCCAAACCUCAAGUACCAGAGGUUCCAAAGCCUCAGGUGCGAGAAAUUCCAAAGCCCAAGAUGCCUGAAUUUCCCAAACCUCAAGUACCAGAGAUUCCAAAGCCUCAGGUGCCAGAAAUUCCACAGCCCAAGAUGCCUGAACUUCCCAAACCUCAAGUACCGGAGAUUCCAAAGCCUCAUAUGCCAGAAAUUUUAAAGCCCAAGAUGCCUGAAAUCCCCAAACCUCAAGUACCAGAGGUUCCAAAGCCUAAGGUGCCUGAGAUUCCAAAGCCCAAGAUGCCUGAAAUCCCCAAACCUCAAGUACCAGAGGUUCCAAAGCCACAUGUGCCGGAAAUUCCAAAGCCUAAGAUGCCUGAAAUUUCCAAACCUCAAGUACCAGAGAUUCCAAAGCCUCAGGUGCCGGAAAUUCCACAGCCCAAGAUGCCUGAAAUCCCCAAACCUCAAGUACCGGAGAUUCCAAAGCCUCAGGUGCCUGAGAUUCCAAAACCGGAGCUACCAACACUCCCAAAGCCUCAGGUGCCGGAGAUUCCAAAACCUGAGCAGCCAGCAUUUCCCAAGCCAGAGCUCCCAAAGAAGCCAUGAUUUCUUAAACGCUUGCUUACCAUCAUGCGUUUAGAUUCUCCAGAUUUCUCAGAAUAUUUACAGUUCAUGAUAUACUAUACAUUCAUCUUAUACUAUUUUACAUUUCAUUUAUA